CCGAAGGAUAUUUUGUUGCUAGUGUUGGCAUCGCGUGGGUACUCUUGCUUCCCACAUAUCUGGAAAAAAUUGGGUUGGUGCGCUUUCAUGUAUGAGGAGUUUAUCAGUGCAUUAGUAAAGGAACUCAAGGAGCUGCCGCCACCAUCGCCUUCCGAACCACGGUCCUCAGUGCUGAAGUUAAACCAUCAAGGGCACCCCACUCGCACCGUUGGAUUAGGGGAACUGGAAAACGGUGUCACGAGGAUUCCGAUGGAGUAUCGGGUUAUGUACAAACCGGAGGCUCAAAACUUUCCGCUGGUGGACGGCUUUUUCUUUGUUGAUUCGCCGCGGAAGACGCUGGUUGGGCUGCAGAUGGCUACGGCGGGUGAGCACCACACGACAACCAGCACUGUGAAUCUGUUCAAAAAUAAUAUGGCGGCAUAUUUUAAGGGCUGGAAGAAAUUAUCCCGAGACAUGUCGUGGGAGAUUAUUUAUGUGCAGCACGAAAACAGCACAAUGAUAACGAACUGGCAGAGAUGUGGUCCCGUCAUUACCAAAAAUUUGAGCGACGCUGAAAAAGAGAUUGUGGCCUUCUGGAACGGAAACGUACACGAAUACCAGUUUGCGUUGACAACUGAUUUUGUAAAUAAAAUCCGAGCAAAGUGA